AUUACUUUUCUUUCCUUUCUUUCCCUCAUCUUUUUCUCCCUUUCUCACCCUACCCCCACGUCCACAAAUUAAAGAAAAGAAAACAAACACAAGCACACACAUUCUCUCUCUCUCUCUCUCUCAAUUAGUGUCAUUUUCUCACAUAUACUUCACACAAAUGAAACAACCAUUCACUUCAUAGUCAUACCUUGUCAUGUCUUCUCUCUCUGCCCUCAAUCUCAAAUCUCUGCAACUACUCCCUUUAAAUUGAUCAUCAAAUCCCCAUACGACCCAGAAAUCUCUUACCUGAAAAUUCAAAUCCCAGAUCAUCCAAAACUCCUCAACAAGCCUCUCUGAUCCUUCUUGGUAAGCCCUGUUACGUACUGUUUGUUUCAACGACAACAAGAAAUCCAAGAAUAACAAGAGAACCAACAAGAACAAGAACAAGAAGAGAGCAGAGGAGAUAUAAAGAGUUCUAGAGGGCUUGUUUGUCUGGAGAAAGAUGGAGUUAUUUCCAGCACAACCAGACCUAUCUCUACAAAUCAGCCCUCCAAACAGCAAACCCACAUCAGGUUGUAGGAGAGCAGGAGAAGAGAUGGAUUUGGGGUUCUGGAAGAGAGAUUCUAGAAACUCCAUCUCUUCAAUGGUGAAAGCCGAUACCUGUUUCGAGCUCUCUCUCUCCAAUCCUAGGGCUUCUGAGCCCAACUCCGAUCAUUUUCGCAGCUUCCAAAACCACAACCACAACCAACACCAUCACCACCACCACCACCAACAACCGCAACACCAACUGUUUCAACACCACCACCUCCAACAACAGCAACAAGGGUUUAACUGUAGCCCAGAGUUUGGUUUCUUGAGACCUAUAAGAGGAAUUCCAGUGUACCAAAACUCUCCUUCUUUUCCAUUUUCUCAACAGUCUCUAGAUAACACUACCAAUCUAUCAUCUCCCACAAUUGCUAGUACUACUACUACUAGUAGUACUCAAAGCGCCUUUCAGUCUCAUCAUCAAGGCCUAAUGAGAUCGAGGUUUUUGUCGAGGUUUCCUGCCAAACGGAGCAUGAGAGCGCCUCGGAUGCGAUGGACUACUACCCUUCAUGCUCGCUUUGUUCAUGCUGUUGAGCUCUUGGGUGGUCAUGAAAGAGCUACACCUAAGUCAGUUCUUGAACUCAUGGAUGUCAAAGAUCUCACCUUGGCACAUGUCAAAUCCCAUUUACAGAUGUAUAGGACUGUGAAGACAACUGAUCGAGCGGCAGCUUCUUCAGGCCAAUCAGAAGUCUAUGAAAAUGGGUCAUCUGGAGAUACUUCUGAGGAUAUGAUGUUUGAUGUUCAAAACCCAAGAAAGUCUGAAGUAUCAAUAGAACAAGGAAGACCAAAUUUGAAUCAAGAUAAGGAUUUUCAUGGCCUUUGGAGCAACUCUUCAAGCAGGGAAGCUUGGUUGAAUGGCAAACCAAGGGAUUGUGGAGGGAGCAUCACAUCUCUUGAGAAGGACUUGGAUCCAAAGUGCUUAAGCUAUGAGAGAAUAUCAUCAGAUGUAAGCUCAUCAAACCUUUCCGAGACAAGCCCCAAGAAGCCCAAUCUAGAGUUCACCUUGGGCACACCACAGUGAUUCAUAUAUCUCUCUACUCAUUUUGAAAUCAUUAUAUCUCUGAAGAUAGAGGGAGAGGGGUGUUUUUGCUGGUGAAGAGAAUCAGGUACCCACUGGGAAAAUCAGUGAGAAAGUGAAAGAAAAGAAAAAGAAAAGGAAAAGAGAGCUAAAGAAAGACAAGCAGACAAGAAAGACAGAAAGCAGCAAAAGGAAAAGUGCGGGGAAGAAAAAAAAAAAAAAAAAGCAUGUCCUCUAUCCUUCCUAUCAAGCUGUGAAAUCCAUAUCAACAUAUUAUAUUCCUACGUAAAUAUGAAAUCUAAUUGAUUUGGGUAAUUUACAUUUUGCCCUUUUAUAUUUA